GAGCCCUAGCCUGCCCCCGGGCCGAGGCCGCCCGAGCCGCGCGGCGAGCGAACAUGGCAGCAGAAUGAGAAGGCUGGCCCCAGGUCGUGGCCGCCGCCGCCGCGCUGCAGCUCCAUAUCCACGCCCGGCGCCCUCCGAGCCUCCAGCUUAGCCGGCCUCCUGCUGGUCGCCAGUGCAUUUCAUUCGGAGCAGCGGGCGGGGAGGAAGGGGACCCCCGCAGCCCGGCCGGUCCGGUCUGUGGCAGUGUGUCGAGGCUCCUGCGUGCGACUCGCAGGCUGCGGAAACGACGCGGGGGAGAGCCGGUCCCGGCUGCGGCGGCACGGGCGCGGGGAUGAGCCGGCCAUGGAGCGACCUCGGCGGGGCGCACGCAGCCGGCCCGCGCUGUGGCGGGGACGCCGCCUGAGCCCGGGUUCCGCGGGGCUUCGGGGCCGCAGGCGCGCCGCGGGGGGUCCCUGCCGACGCCUCCGGGAAGGACUGGAGCCCCGCGUGGCGGACACUGCAGCAGUCACCGUACUGAGGCGCCCGAGCCUGCUCCGCCUGCGGCUCCGUGCGCUCUGGGCACCCGGGCGCCUGGCCCGGUGCACGGCGGCUGGCGCACCGCGGCGAGCCGGCUGCGGGACUGGCUAGAGGGCUGUGCGUGCGCGUGUUCGACCGGAGAUCCGAGCUGAAAGCAGAACCAGGCGGGCCUGAGCAGCCAUGCUUCCCGGGGUGGGCGUGUUCGGCACCAGCCUCACGGCCCGUGUCAUCAUCCCGCUGCUGAAAGACGAGGGCUUCGCGGUGAAGGCGCUCUGGGGCCGCACGCAGGAGGAAGCGGAGGAGCUGGCCAAGGAGAUGAGCGUCCCCUUCUACACCAGCCGCAUUGACGAGGUGCUGCUGCAUCAGGACGUGGACUUGGUGUGCAUCAACCUGCCGCCGCCCCUCACCAGGCAGAUCGCAGUCAAGACCUUGGGCAUCGGCAAGAACGUCAUCUGCGACCGCACGGCCACGCCGCUGGACGCCUUCCGCAUGAUGUCGGCCGCCCACUACUACCCCAAGCUCAUGAGCAUCAUGGGCAACGUGCUGCGCUUCCUGCCGGCCUUCGUGCGCAUGAAGCAGCUCAUCGAGGAGGGCUACGUGGGCGAGCUGCUGGUGUGCGAGGUGCAGGUGCACGGCGGCAGCCUGCUGGGCAAGAAGUACAACUGGAGCUGCGACGACCUGAUGGGCGGCGGCGGCCUGCACUCGGUGGGCACCUACAUCAUCGACCUGCUCACCUUCCUCACUGGCCAGAAGGCUGUCAAGGUCCACGGGCUGCUCAAGACCUUCGUGAAGCAGACCGACCACAUCAAGGGCAUCCGCCAGAUCACCAGCGACGACUUCUGCACCUUCCAGAUGGUGCUGGAGGGCGGCGUGUGCUGCACCGUCACCCUCAACUUCAACGUGCCCGGCGAGUUCAAGCAGGACGUGACCGUGGUGGGCUCAGCUGGGCGCCUGCUGGCGGUGGGCACCGACCUGUACGGACAGCGCAACAGCGCCUCGGCGCAGGAGCUGCUGGUGCAGGACGCCACGCCCGUCAGCAACUCCCUGCUGCCCGAGAAGGCCUUCAGCGACAUCCCCUCGCCCUACCUGCGCGGCACCAUCAAGAUGAUGCAGGCCGUGCGCCAGGCCUUCCAGGACCAGGACGACCGGCGCACAUGGGACGGGCGACCGCUCACCAUGGCCGCCACCUUCGACGACUGCCUGUACGCCCUGUGCGUGGUGGACACCAUCAAGCGGUCCAGCCAGACGGGCGAGUGGCAGAACAUCGCGGUGAUGACUGAGGAGCCCGAGCUGAGCCCCGCCUACCUGAUCAGCGAGGCCAUGCGCCGGAGCCGGAUGUCCCUGUACUGUUAGCCCGGAUUGGGGACCCAGCGCGACCUAGGGCUCCCGCCUGGGGCCCAGAGAGGGGGAAAGGCGGGGGGAGAGGUGGCCUCGAGUAGUGUAGGGGUGGGGAAGUGGAAAGGCAGGGUGAGAAAAUGGCAUCUGGGAGGCUGAGCCCCUGUCCCGGUGAGGGGCCCCAAACGAGACUGUUGGGACGGUGACCCGCGGUCCCUGAGGUCGUCCUUGCUGGCGUCGGCUGAGACGGAGGCGGUCGGCCGCUUCAGCUGCCCUUUACUGUGAGAAGCCGGGAGGGGUUGCCGGCCUCCGCCCCUCAUCCAUCGCCCCCCACACCUUGGCCUCCUUGGCAAGCCAAAUACUCCUGCGUGCUCUGAGCCCUGUUUCCAGGGGCGAGCUCGGCUGGCGGGAGACGGUACAUCUUCACGUGCCCACGCAAGCCUGCAGGUGUGUGUGCGGGGGUGGGGGUGGGGGGCGCCAGUGGCUAAAGAGAAAGUUCAGAUUCCAGGAAGCCACUUCAAGUGUCUGAAGGAAAAAGUACUUGGUAGCAAAGUGUACAGCUUUCUGGAUGGAUGUGUCUUCCUCCCAGGAAGCCCGAGGGAGGGAGUGUCUUCCUAACUGGCUCAGUGCCCUUUUCCUGGCCUGAGGUGUAGGGUAAGGGCCUGGGCCAGGAACAGCAAGCAGAGAAUCGGGUUCCCUUGAGCCAAAAGGAGAGAGCAGGGGCACAGCCUGCACUGAGACAGAUGAGGCAGAGAAGAAAAUAUCCCUUCGGAUUUGCCAGCAAUUAAAAGCCCAUUUCCGGUGGAGUGGAAUGGCCUGGAAGGAGGGAUUCGGUACUGGAGCGUUGAGGUUGUCCUUGCACGGGGCCGAGGAGACAGCAGGAAGGAGGUGUGCGUCUGACCACAGGCUCCUGUGCUAUCCUCCAGGACCGGGGGCAGCCUUGCGCCCCAGGGUCACAGUGGCAUUUCCCAGCAGGAGGGCAAGUCAGCCCUGGACCCAUCUCUCCUAGCGAGCUGGGGAAGGGCUCUUAGGAGACUCCCCAGCUUUGUAGAUUUUAAAAGGGGGGCCUUCAGGUCCACUCAGAUAUAAUCCUCUCCCCUUUAAAAGAAAAAAAAAAUAGUCGAGGCUCUUUUCCUUAGCUUGGACCUUCGCUUUCACGCAUCAAAAAAAGAAAAAUUUUGACUAGGUAUUAAACAAAAGGACAGCAAGCAACACACUUUUUGGCGUUUCUAAAUGGGGUUUGAGAACCCUCUGAGGUGUAUAGUUCCCAUAGGCUGAAGAAGGCUAAUGUAGGAAAAAACAUCUUCCUCUUGGUCUCCUGUCUCUCUUGUCUUGUCAUCCUCUGCUUACAGGGAGGGCUUUUACUGGAGAUGGCAAACUGCAGGCUUGGAGCAGGCAGUGCCAGAAGGGAACAACCAGACACACACAC